AUGAGUUUGCGGCUAGCGGUGUUCAUGCUCGCACUGGCAGCAGUCUUUGCACAGGCCGCCACCAACGCGGAAAAAUGCAAGAGCAAGAAUGCGCGAGUGUACGAUGCAAUCACACAAUUCUGCGGCCGAACAGACAUCGUCGUACCAUCGACAUACGCUACAAAGGGCGCUGAGAAGGCCGCAGCGCCGCCAAAGUUUCCCAACAACCUGAGCGUCCGCAUCGAAGCUUGCGCGAGUGGAGGCACGUUCGGUGGCAAGGUCAAGAAGUUUGGCAGGAAUCAAUGCCAAAGCUGGAUCAUCGAUAUUGUGCCGGCUACUUUGAAGUAUGAGACGGCGGCAUCGCCAUCCCACAACGUCAUCAGCGGUCUGAGCGAAAUCGCCAAGAGCAUGUCGGCGACCGCAAAGCCCACCAAGGACCGAUGUGCGGCCUAUCCAUAUCCUGACUGCCCGUAA